AUGGAAGGCUGGGUAUAAAUAAAGAGAGGAUGGUUCUGGUAAUAAAGAUAUGGAUUCAUCUCAUAAUAAGGAAGUUUUAAGUAUUUUGAUGAUCAGGCUAUGACUAAAUUAAAGAGAGAUUUUAGGUUAAAAGAUGUAUAAAUUGUACAAGAUAGAAUGAAUAAAAUUAUUAAAUUUUUAUAGGGUAGUAAUGAAUCGUUAUAAAUAAAAACAGACUUACAUGAACUUUGGUAUUAAAAAUUAAUUUAGGCAAAAGUUUAAUCUAUGAAUAUCUCUUAUAUUCCAUAGUUUUAAGCUUAAGAGUUUAUCAGAAUGAAUGAGUAAAGUCCAAACGUUUAAUUGUUAGAAUAAUAAAACAUUAAUCCAAAUGAUGCAGUUAGUCCUCUAUAGCUGGCAAAUACAAAUUAGUAUACGAAUAUGCAAUUAUAAAGAGAUUAAUAUUAACCUUACCAAUAAUAGAAUUAAUUUAGAACUAAUUAGCUUUAAAAUUAAAACCAAGUUUUUUAAGAAGAAAAUAGGCAAAAUGGAUUAUAAUAAUUAGCUUAAAAUCCAUAUUAAUAGAUAAUUCGCUAAAGAAAUGUUCCUUAAUCUAUCAAUCCAAGCAAUUAAAUCUAGCCGUAAAACAACUUAAAUUCCUAAAAUAAUUAAAACAAGAGAGAAGUUGACUAUAAUAUUUAAAAAGAAUAACAAUAACAAAAAAAAGACUAAGGUGUCUUUAGCAAGAUAAAAGACUUUAUAAUAGGUAAAAAAGAAGAUUAUUAUGAUGAGAAAUUUGUAAGUGAACUUAAUAACAAUAUCAAUUUAAAAAUGCAAGCAAAGCAAAAAAUUGAGGAAAUAAUUUUGCCUAUUACAACUUAGACAAGUCUAUUCAAUUACGAGCAAUAUUCUAGCACUGUUUAAUAUAACUUUAUGCAAUAUAUUCAGCUUUAGAAUAUUUUUGAUUAAUAAAGAAAUUCUUUCCCAAUAAAAAUGUCUCUCUCAAUAUUUCUAAUGUUCAUAAUUGUGUUUAAUCUUAUUUAAUGGUAGAAAAAUUAGCUCAUUUUCACUUUUUGUUCUAUAAUAAUAUCUUAAUUAUGUGUUUUCUUUUAACAUUUGAAGUCUAAAUAAGUUGCUAUCAAAUGCAAUGUCUAAGCGUUCACUUCAGUGCCCGUGAAUAUCAGUAAAAUGUAUACAAUCAAUCAGCUUUUAGAAAAACUUAGUUAAAUCAACAAGAAUUUAAGCAUCUUUGAACAAGAGAAAAAUAAAGAGUUAUUUAUUUUAGACAAAAAUAUAGAAUUUCAAUCUGUUUACUAAAUACAAAUUAAAGACUCUAAAAUGUUUUCAAUUACAAUAUUCACCAAAAACUAUGAGUAUCUUGACUCAAUCAUAGAAAAUUUUACUUCGAAUUUUACCUCUAAAACUGGCAUCUGGAAAGAAAGUGUGCAAAGACCUCCUCCUAACUACAAUCCUGUUUUAGAUGUAAUAGGGUAAAAAAUAUGGAUGUACUUUUCAAAGUAUUAAGUUUAUAAAGAAAAUGUAAGAGAACCAGUAAACUAGUACCUUUAUGUGAUUUUUUGCAUUUUAAAAGAUAAUUGGUAAUUUUCAUAUGAGAUAUUUUGUCUAAUUUGGUUACUGCUUAGGUUAAAAAAUCAGUAAGAACAAUUUAAUUGGAGCUAUUAUUCUAAUUGGUUCUUACUUAUUAAUUAUGGAAUAACUUUUACCAAAUUAACCUUUUACCUUGAAGAAAUAUUUUUAAGCUUAAGGACUGAUAUUAAGAAAUAUAAAAAAAUUAAUGAAAAAGCAUAUAAUAAUUACUAUAAAAAAGAUAUUUAUAAGAUAGCUUUUAAUUAAGAAGAGAUUUAAACCUAAGAUAAAAUAAAUGAUUUUGAAGUUUUAUUUGUGUGUGUAUCACUUUUUGCAAGUUUUGUCUUUAGAGACUCCUUUAAUGUGAUACAAAUAAUUUUAUUACCUGCUUUAAAACCUAGUUUCUUAAAAAGAUAUAGCUAAUUUUAUUAAAUAAUGGUUACAGUGCCAUUUGUGAUAACGUAUUUCUCAUAUAAGGUGAUUUUUAACUCUGUAAAGUACACAAUUUGUGGAAUUUUUGCAAUAGUACUAUUUUUCAUUAAAUUGUUUGAGGUUUUAUGCGGCACAAGGAGCAGAUCUGGAAUUAGUUCAUAAAGAUAAUAAACAUCUUAAGUUAAAUUCUUCUAAGCAAGCAGUAUACAAAAUUACUAACAAUAAGAAUGUUCAAUCUGUUUGGAAUAAUACUAGUCAGCAAAUGAUUAAGUUUUUUGUUGUAAAAAUAAGCACUAUUAUCAUAAAGAUUGUAUUAUAAGAUGGAUGAAUUCAGGUAAUUUUUCUGCAACAAGAAAAUGUCCUCUUUGUAGAAUAGAUCUCUUAAAUUGA